CCACUAGCGAGACCCCGCCCUCGAGCGCUCUGAUUGGCUGAGUCUUGUCCUUGCGUCAACUACCUGGUGCGGGGCGGGGCCUGAGAGGUGAGAUCCGCUGGUCAGUCUGCGGGAGAUCGUUAUGUCCGUGAACCGUACAGCGGCCGCUCCGUGCUGAUCCGUUAUACCGCGUCCGGACGGUGUAUCCCAGGCUGUGGUAUCAUGGGCACGCCGGCGUCUGUGGUCAGCUCCCCUGCAGCAGCGUGGCAGGCCCCGGAACCCCGCACCAGGAAGAAGGCCUCCGCCAACAUCUUCAAAGACAUUGACCUCCUACAGAUACAGACGCUCUUCCGCACCAGCGGGGAUGAGUGCGCAGAUGAGCGAGCUCAGAUCAUUUACGACUACGCCGGAGACAGGCGCAUCGCAGAAGCCUUGAACAACCUUCGGAGAAAGAAACGGAACAAGGGGUUUCAUUUAUCGCACCCCAAGCUGAGCGCUGAUGGGAUCGGAGGACUGUCUGUGCAGAAUUUCAGUCAACUCUGCAUCAGUGAGGAGGGGGCUUCCGGAGAGGAGGAUCCUGCCCAGCCCGUCGGUGAUCCCCAAGAACAGCCGACACACUGCACGACCAACAAAACUGCAAUCCAGCGAACAAAGAAUAAACUAAAGCGGCACCAGAAGAGACAGAUCUCCAGCUACCUGCACCAGAUAAAGCGAUGAUCUGCGCACAGUCACCGUACGGUGUAACCGCUGCUCGCGCACAGAAUGAAGACUGCUAUGCAAGGAAAGGCAGCCGGCUUACCGGGACCGGUUGUCCCUUGUGAAUUGUUGCACUACCGAUUCCAUAUACUUAUGUAACACUCCAAAACACAUUUGUGAAUAGGAACUUUACGUUCUGGAGACCUAAAUGGAUGUAUUUAUUGCAUGCAGCUGUAGGAAAUAGGAGAGCUGCAGGAGGGAAACACUACGCACCCACUGAUCAUGUAGAACCUUCCAAUCAUGGUCUAUUGAUCGUUAGGAAAGUUCUCAUGGCUGCGUCUUUAUAGUCAGAUCGGCUCUUGGUGGGACGUCAUUGGCUUCUUCCGUAUGCUGUCCACCCCGAUAUGAGGAUGGGUACGGUCAGGGAUGUGAUCGGCCCCUUUCUACCGAUACAGUAAUUGUCACAGGAAAAUGUCUACUCGGAAAAGACGAGGAACGAGAAGUGUAUAGUCUGAAAAAAAUGUCUCUCGUUGCAGCAUGUAAAUAAUGUCCAUGUUCUUGUGUUGGAAAAACCUCGUUUUCUGCUCAAUCAAUAAAAAAAAAAUGAAAGCA